UGAGCAUCCUGAAAGAAGAAAAUUUCCAAGGGUUUAAACUGCCGUCGAGUGAGAUUCGGGUUCUUGCAUAUGCAGACGACGUGGCCUUCUUUUGUACUGAUAAAAAGAGUGUUAAGACUGCUCUCGCAAUUACAGAAGAAUUUUGUGCGGCUUCUGGUGCCAGCAUUAACUUUGAAAAAAGUUCAGGUUUUUGGUUUGGACUAUGGGCCACAAUGCCAUCACAUUACGCAGGCAUUCAAUGGAAAAAUGAUCUGUGCUAUUUAGGUGUACCUCUCUCGCAGUAUAGAAAUAGCAACAGUCAUUGGUCGGGGGAAGUAGGGAAAAUACAAAGUAAAGUGAAUUCAUGGCGAGGACGGAAUUUGUCAAUGUUCAGUCGUGCUGAAGUGUGCAACGUGUUUUUAGUUUCCCGUCUCAUGUAUGUGCUGCAAGUACUGCACUGCUCAAGACUUCGUAUUCAGGCACUGCAUCGCGUAUUUGCAACAUUUAUUUGGAGCUCGCGUUGCGAAUCCAUGCGGCGCGAUAAUCUGUUCGUCCCUCUUGAACGAGGUGGUUUAGGAUUAGUCCAUCUCUUCGUCAGGCAAAUUGUUCCUCGUCUGUUUUUCUUUCGAGACAGUGAUCAUCCCUUUUUGCGUGAAAUGUUACAGCUCCGAUUAGCUCAUUAUCUUCCUGAUAUAGUAGUGUCAUCAGAUGCCAAAGAUGUCACACAGGCUCCUUGGGGCUUUCUCAAGGAGGUUGUGGAUUCAUUCCUUUUCUUGAAAGUUAGAUUCAGCCUGGAGUACAUUUUUACUGCGAGUCGAAAAGAAAUUUCUGCUGCACUGGUGUAUUCGAUUUUCCCAGAUCCUUUGUAUCGUGCACCUUAUUUAAAUCAGCCUUAUCAGGAUGUACUUAGGCGGGUCCGUAAAAUGUGUAUACCUCCUGGAGCUAAAACAUUUUUCUUUAAACUGCAUACGGAAACACUUCCUGUUAAAACCUGGUUGAAGGCGAGGGGCUGCUUCGUGCCAUGGUCCACGAACUGUCGACUGUGUCCACGUGCUGAAACUAUAGAUCACUGUUUUAUAGACUGUACAGAUGCUAUAUUUUUCUGGGACAUUCUCCAACGGACGCUUAAAAAGGACAUUGACAUCACUCCAUACGCAAUUAGAUUCCUACCGUUUACGAUUAGUGGCGGUCCUCCCUAUGACAUGUUCGUAGUACUGGGUUUGUAUAGCCUAUGGAGAGCUAGAAUGUGUGAUCGCCAUGCCGAAAGCCCGCGAUCUACAAGAUCAUUCUUUCAAGAAAGUGCAGCUUAUAUAAGAAGUGUGUACGCCGUGCAGGAACCUCCGCCUGACUGGAUGCACUUGUUGGACGCAUGUGUGUGUUUGCCCGAGUUUUAAGUGUGUAGCUA